AUGAAAUUUUCUUACUUCUUUGAAGAAAAAACACAGGAAAAAGUGAAAGAAUGGGGACAAGAUGUGUUCAUUGCAGCAGAAGCCACUAAUGGAAUGGAAAAGUUAAUGAAAGAGCAGAAGUUAGAUGCAAUAGUGGCGCUUGGUUCAACAUUGAGCUCUGUCCUCGCCAUUGGAGGGUAUCCAGGAAUCAAUGUCCCUGCAGGGUAUGAUAGUGAAGCAGUUCCAUUUGGGAUUAACUUUGGAGGAUUGAGAUUCUCAGAGCCAAAGCUCAUUGAGAUUGCUUAUGGCUUCGAACAAGCAACUUUGAUCAGGAAGCCACCCACAGGUAGGCUCUUGUAG